AUGCCCCACAGAGCGCUCUAUAAUGACGAUAUCGUUCGAGAAAUCGUCGGCAACCUUUCUGCAGAAUACCAUCUCAAAAUGAAGAUGAACAAGAAAGGAUUUCCUACGGAGGAUUACUUGGAAACGUUGGCUGCUGUGUCUCCCGAACUGCAAGGCUCAAAAGAGGCGCUCGUCGCCUGUGCUCGCGUCUGCAAGUCAUUCUCUGAGCCAGCACUGAGAGGUCUGUGGAGGAAAUUGGAGACCGUGACACCUUUGCUGUCGCUGUUUUCUACUUGCAAAGAGGGGCCCCAGGAGACCUCGAACCAAGAUUCGAGGGAUGAGCCGUUGGAGGACAGUGAGGACGACGACGGAGACAGACAACAGGGGGACAGAAGUGGAAAUGAAGAGGAUGGUAAGGAGGACAGAGGAGAUGGCUCCGAGCAUGGAGAGAAUGACGUAGAGGUUGUAGAAGGUGGAGAUUCGGAUCCGGAUGACGAAGACGAGGAGCAUGCUGGCGAAGAUACAGAUUACCCGAAGAAUGCAGACAAACACAGUGGAAGGGUUCUUGCAAUCCGUGGCAAGAUUUCGGAUAAGCAAUGGACGCGCUUUCAGUAUCAUGCCAUGCAUAUACGCGCUCUGCGUGUCGUCGAGGCUCCAGUAAAUCCUGCGCAGUUCUCGAAGUUGUUCAUCCGUAACCGUCGUCAGCCUCUUCUACCACUAUUGGAGGAGCUCCAAUGGGACUUAUGGUGUGUAACAGACUGGAGCAUGCUCGCUAUCACUUCACCAUCGCUGCGUAGCCUCAUACUUUACCUCACACCUGCGUACACUGCGAAUUGGUCUGCAGGCCGAGACACUGCGCUGGAGUCUGUAUUACAAUCUAUAUGCUCCUCAGCACCUCAACUUCAAAUACUCAGUAUGUUUGGUCUCGUUCGUGCUGUCCAAUGGCCGGCCAUCACCCAGUGGAAACGUUUACGCAAGCUGCAGCUCGUCAAUCGGCCGCAUUCUGGAAAUAACUUCAUUGAUUUUGAUGGCUUGCGAGCGCUAUCCACGAUGGAACAGCUUAUUGAUUUGUCUAUAAAUGUGAAACUCCCAGACGCAAGUGUCAUACAGGCCGUCGAAUUCCCACACUUGGUACGCCUCACUGUGUUCGGUUCUCCGGAGCCUUCCACGCGGUUCCUUACCACUGUAUCCAUUCCGCACCUGCGUACCUUUCGCUUCCAGUCGUGGUUUUCCCUCGUGCUCCCAGAUGUCUCUCAGGCGUUGUUCACCAUGAUUGCCAACAAAUUCCCAUUGCUUCGUACUAUCGACUUUUUUGACUUCAUCUGCUUUCAGCCGGAACCGACUGUCCUCCUGACAAAGCUCGUGGAGCCUCUGUUCGUGCUGCACGAUCUAGAAGAUGUCUCCCUCCUCAUCGCAUCCACGAGUCUUCCCGCGGUGAUGUCGAACGGUGAUUUUCGCCUUAUCGGAUCGGCGUGGCCGAAAUUGCAACGGCUAUGGCUCUGCGCACCGGGUCGCAGUGGAUACAGAGACUCGGGUUUCACCGCAGAGGGCCUACCAGAACUAUUCAGGCUCUGUCCGAAUUUAGUCCUGCUUGACCUCCCGGAUGUCGAUUUUCGCACCCUCCCGAACCAGCCGAGCUAUCCUGUCCUGUCGGACAAGUUGCUCCGGUUGAAUCUCCGGAAUAGAGCCAUUAUUGUCAAAGACUGCAUGAAGUCGGCGAAAUUCGUCCGCGACUCGUUCCCAAACCUCGAUCUUGCUGGCAUGCUCAUGUUGGACGACUCGAAAUUUGCUAUCAACAAACUGUGGCAACCCGUGCUAGGGAUCGCAUACACUUCCAAGUCUGCAUACUUGAUGGCUCAGUGCGGUUGGACGGGCCCCCUCAAAUAG